AUGACGAAGAUGCCGAUCCCCCAAUCCCUCCACCUCGUAUCCCUCUUCACCCUCCUUUCCCUCCUCACGCCCUCCCUCGCCGCCAACAUCGCAGCAUGGAAAUCCCGCUCCGUCUACCAGACCAUGACGGACCGCUUCGCGCGGACCGACGGCUCAACCACGCACGCCUGCAACACCACCGCCGGCCUGUACUGCGGCGGCACCUGGCGCGGCACAAUCAACCACCUGGACUACAUCCAGGGCAUGGGGUUCGACGCGGUGAUGAUCAGCCCGAUCAUCGAGAACAUCGACGGCCGCGUCUCCUACGGCGAGGCCUACCACGGCUACUGGCCGCUGAACCUGUACAACCUAAACGACCACUUCGGCACGCACCAGGAUCUGCUGGAUCUCAGCGACGCGCUGCACGACCGCGGGAUGUACCUGAUGAUGGACACGGUGAUCAACAACAUGGCGUACAUGACGGACGGCGAGGACCCGGCGACGGACAUCGACUACAGCGUCUUCACGCCGUUCAACAACAGCGACUACUUCCACAGCUACUGCAAGAUCACGGACUGGAACAACUACACGAACGCGCAGCUGUGCCAGACGGGCGACGACAAGGUCGCGCUGCCGGAUCUGUACACCGAGCACAAGAACGUGCAGGAGCUGCUGAUUGACUGGGCGAACGAGGUGAUCAAGACGUAUUCCAUCGACGGGCUGCGCAUUGACGCUGCGAAACACGUCAACCCCGGCUUUCUGAAGACCUUCGGCGACGCAGUCGACAUGUUCGUCACGGGUGAGGUGCUGCAGCGCGAAGUCGACACCAUCUGCACGUACAUGGACGACUACAUCCAGAGCGUGCCCAACUACCCGAUCUACUACUCGAUGCUGGACGCCUUCACGCAGGCAAACGUAACCAGUCUCUUCGAGCAAGUCGAGAUUGUCAAGAACCAGUGCAACGACGUAACCAAGUUCGUCUCGUUCAGCGAGAACCACGACGUCGCGCGCGUGCCCAGCUUCAACGACGACAUGGCGAUCGCCAAAAACGUCCUCACAUUCACAAUGCUCUACGACGGCAUCCCAAUGAUCUACCAAGGGCAAGAACAACACCUGUCGGGCGACGGGACGCCCAAAAACCGCCAGGCGAUCUGGCUGUCCGACUACAACACCAAUUCCGAGCUGUACAAGCUUCUCGGGCAGCUCAACGCGCUCCGCAAACACGUCAUCUCGCUGGGCACAGACUACCUCGACGAAUCGACGGUCCCACUGUACCGCGGGCAGAUCGAGCUCGCGUUCAGCAAGGGCGUCGAGGGCCGGCAGAUCAUCAUGCUCUUGUCCGGGCAGGGGAGCAAGGGCGACGAGUACACGCUCUCGCUGCCCAUUAGCUUCAAUGCCGGCACCACGGUGACGGAGGUGCUUAGCUGCACGAACUACACGACUGUUGCGAGUGGGGAGCGCGCGGGGGAGCUGGAUGUGAAGAUGGACAAGGGGGAGCCGAAGGUGUUUUUUCCGGCGGAGCUGAUGGAGGGGAGUGGGCUUUGCGGGCAUGCGAAGGGGAAUGUGAGUUUUACGAAGCUGGUGACGGGGCAGGAUGCGGUGGUUGAUUCGGCGGCGGGCAGUUUGACUGCGUAUCGCAGUUCUGGUGCUGCUGCUGCGGUGUUUGGGCUGCUUUCGGUUGUGGCGGCGGGGUUGUUGGGCUUAUAG